AAAUACUGCAUUUACUUUUAUUAAUCCGGGACUUUGGUGUUUCUAACAUGUUAUUUGACAAAAAAAUAUAUUUAUAGUAGUUUUUUUUAUUUAAAUCAUCAAUGAAGGUUAAUAAUCUUAGAAAAGAUCAUAUGGUCUAUUUUUCCAAAAUCUAAAUACUUAGUAGUAUAUUGUAUGAUAAUGGAAUCUUAGACAAAUUCACAUUACUUAAUGUCGAAUAAACAGUGAAAAUAAUCUGAAUAUGUGAGCCGAGGCUUCGCCAUGGAUUGCACCAUUACUUUUGUCAACCGAGCGGGUGCACCGCAACGUUGGGCCGGCUAUCCCCAACAAUGUCCCCGCACCGCAUUCUCACCUGUAUAUAGACUUAAAAGUUAGUACUACUAUACUAUAUUUUGUGUGCAUUUUGAUAUUUGUAAAUAAAGAAGGUGGUAAAAUGCAAUUAACCAUUAUGAGGCUCCGCACUCAACCGCUUAAGCCAAAGAAACGAAAACGUAUUUAUAUUUCUUCAGCUGCGCAUUUUUACAAACAGUUUGGAUCCAUCAGCGAAUGGAAUUUCCUCAUCAAAAUUCGUUGCAAAACUAAGCAGUUACCUCCAAUUUCCAUCUCCGCGAUGCACCUCGUCGCCUGCUUGAAGCGUCGACGUCUUCCUCUUCAUCAUUUCCCGCCUGUGAGGAAUGGAAACCCGGAUGAGGCGAUCAGGUUGAGGCUGAUGCUUCUCGGAGGGCACAGCUGUCUUGUAAACAGAAUGCAUGGUGCUGAUAGCUCAUUCAGAUUGUUGCAAGCUAAAUUUUUAUCUAGUGAUUAUUCCAGUGUGCAUGGUGAAAGUCCUUCUGCUGAGUAUGCAAGGUUGAGGAAAGAGUCACUAGAAAGUCAAUUUGGACGUAUGCUGGGUUCGAAAAGUGUUUCUGUUUUCUACCGUUUUGGCCCAUUCUUAGCUUUGUACAGAGCUGCAAUAAUUUCAUUCUAUGUGUUGAAGCUAACUGUUUGGCGCUUCUUCGUCCAUGAUAUGGACAAGCGUUCAGUUAAGUUUCGUGAAAUGCUUAUUCGCUUGGGGCCUUUUUAUAUCAAGCUCGGGCAAGCUUUAAGCACAAGACCAGAUAUACUUCCUAAAGUGUAUUGCCAGGAACUUGCUAAAUUACAGGACCAAAUUCCACCAUUUCCGACUGAUGUUGCCAUUAAAUCCAUUGAGUCGCAGUUGGGGAUGCCAGUAUCGAAACUAUUCGCUGAUAUUAGCAAGGAACCUGUUGCUGCAGCAUCACUGGGGCAGGUCUAUAAAGCUCACCUGCACUCUGGAGAGCUUGUAGCCGUAAAGGUUCAGAGGCCCGGAAUGUCCCAUUUGUUGACCCUUGAUGCCCUUCUGUUUAAUAUGAUUGGAGGCCAACUUAAGCGAUUUGCCAAAGCUCGUAAAGACCUGUUAGUAGCAGUAAAUGAAAUGGUAAGACAUAUGUUUGAGGAGAUUGACUAUAUUUUGGAGGGUCAAAAUGCUGAGCGCUUUGCUACCCUCUAUGGCUGCAAGCCCUAUAAUGAGGAAGCAAACUCGAAAGAUACUGUAGGACAUCAGCAAGUCAUUGGCAUCAAGGUUCCCAAAAUAUACUGGAAUCUGACCCGCAAAGCUGUCCUUACUAUGGAAUGGCUUGAUGGAAUCAAGCUCACUGAUGGUAAUCGUCUGAGAGAUGCCUGUUUAAACCGCAAGCAACUUAUUGAUGAGGGUCUAUAUUGCUCACUGAGGCAAUUGCUGGAGGUUGGAUUUUUCCAUGCCGAUCCCCAUCCUGGAAAUCUAGUUGCCACUGCAGAUGGUUCCCUUGCUUAUUUCGACUUCGGCAUGAUGGGUGAUAUUCCACGUCACUACCGCGUAGGGCUUAUCAGAGUGUUAGUGCACUUCGUGAACCGGGAUUCUUUGGGUUUGGCAAACGACUUUCUCUCUCUAGGAUUUCUACCCGAAGGCGUUGAUGUUUAUUCUGUCUCAGAUGCUUUAAGUGCAUCGUUUGGUGAUGGAACGAGACUAUCCCAAGAUUUCCAGAGCAUAAUGAACCAGCUGUAUGAUGUUAUGUACGACUUCAAUUUCUCUCUUCCUCCGGAUUAUGCCUUGGUGAUAAGAGCCUUGGGAUCACUCGAAGGAACUGCAAAAGUUCUCGACCCUGGUUUCAAAGUAGUCGAAAGUGCAUAUCCGUUUGUCAUUGGUAGGCUCCUCAAUGACCCAAGUCCCGACAUGAGAAAAAUCUUGGGCCAACUCCUGAUCCGCAAUAACGGCUCCAUAAGAUGGAACCGGCUGGAGAAACUGAUACUGGCAAUAUCCGAGCAAGCUGACAAAACCUCUCCAGAAUCUAAUGAGACGCCUUCAAAUCCAUCGGGAUGGAAAGCAUUCAACAUGCGGGCCGUUGUUGCUGCCACCGAGGAUCUUCUUCACUUCAUUCUGUCCAAGAAAGGUUCCAAGGUACGGGUUCUUCUCAUCAGAAAUAUAAUCAAGGCAGCCGAUACUUUCCUCGAGGAAGAAGUAGUUUCUUGCUUCUCUGAAGAAAAGCUUCGAACAAGAAGUUUGAACUACGAGGACGACGAGGCGAUGCUGGCGAGAAUGAUGAGUGGUUUAGAAUCUUUUAGACACGCAGUGAAGUUAGCUCCGGAGGUGUGGAGUGCAAUGGCUUUACGCCUAGCGUUAAAACCUGAGUUUCAAAGAUUUGCAUUUGAUAUAUUAGUAGCAGUCUCGGCACACUCUCGCCGCAAAUUGCCACAUUCUCUCUGGAUUUGUAUAUCUAAGAUUAUGCACAACUUCGCCUGACAUUUCUUCUACAUCUCUCUCUCUCUCACACACACACACAAACACAAAAGUAGCGACAGAGCUGGCAUAGGCAAGUUGCAGCACCAAGCGGGGGCUUGGCCGGAGCAAGGUUGGGUCGGGUGGAGAAGAGCCGAGCUAGCUUGGAUCCAUAGAAGAAGAAAAAGAAAAAGAAUUGCACUUUCCGGUCUUCAAUAGAUGUCUCAUAUUGUUAGAUUGAUGCAUGUUUAAAGAAACUGUUUAAUUUUGUGAAGGAAAAUUGGUGAAAAAAGUUAUUGGAACGUGGAACUAUUUGUAUAUUUAAUUUUAUAAUAAUUGUGAAAUUAAAGGAA